AUGCUUGUUCCAUUGGGACGUGUUCGUCAUAGUAUUGAUAUAUUACAAAAAAAUAUUUAUGAAUAUCAUCAUGGAUCAAGUCUUUCUUUAUCGACAGAUUCAAAUCGAUAUUCAUUAGCAAAUAAAAUAAAAACUUCUCAACGUUGUCAACAUUUAAUACAAUUAAUUGAAGAAUCAUGUACAAUUAUUCAAGCAAUAUUUGUUCGUAUUAUAUUUAUUCUUUCAACUAUAGUUACUGUUUGGCGUCUUGUCGAAGAAACAAAACAAGUUUAUUAUUGGUAUUUACUUUUAUUACUUAUUUUUCUUCUUAUUGAAACUUAUGUAAUGGUUUAUAGACGAAAAGGAUAUGAAAAUAAAUGGUUUUGUUCAUCAGCAUUUGCUUAUUUAAUUGCCAUUGUACCUUGUAUAUGGUUAUUAGAAUUAAAUUAUAGUUUUCGUUCAUCAUUACUACUAUCAAAUCAAACAAAAAUGUCAUUAAAAAAUCAACGUCGAUUUGAAUUUAAAUCUUUAGCUAAUCGAUAUAGAGUUGAUUUUGAUGGAGAUAUUAGUGAUUCAAAAGAAAAAUUAAUGAUAAAUCAACGUGCACUAGCAGCUAAGAAAAAACAUAUUAAUUCAACAGUAUUACCAAUAACGAAGACAGAGGACUUAACAUUGGAAAAAUUUCUCAAAACACCACAAGAAUUUAUGUCAAAAUUAAAUACACAUUUAUCAAUAGCAGAUUGGCAUAUGAUUAUUGAACAAACGACUUUACUUGUACUUAUUCUAAGUCGUUGGUUGUUACCAAAAGGUGAAUUAACUCGUGAAGAACUUUCACAAUUAUUAUUAGUUUAUAUUGGUAUUGCUGCUGAUAUAGUUGAAUUUUUUGAAGUAUUUAAGGAGAAAAAAGUUCGAACAAAUAUAACAUUAAGUAUUUUAGUUUUACUUUUUUGGACAUUAAGUUUAUUACAAUUUUGUCUUGCAUUUACUGUAUCACGUGGUCGACAGAAUCGUCUAAUUUUAAAACAAGAACAAGAACAAGAACGACGAUUUCUUUGUAGUCCAUCAGAUUUUUGGGGAAUGUUAAUGUCAUUAUUUCUUCAAGAUAUACCAUUUUUUACAUUUCGUGCAAUACUUUUAUUUCAUUAUCGUAUAUUCUCAUAUUCAACUGUAUUUUUUACAUCAAAAAAUGGUCUUAUUAUUAUACUUCAAUGGUACCGUAUAACAGUUAUUUUAGCAACAACAAUAUCAGAAGAACGACAACAUUAUAGACAUCAACAUAGAAAAUUAAUACAAAUUAUUGAAACUAAUGCUAAUGGUAGAACAAUAAAUAAAACUGAAAAUUGUUCAGAAAAUGAAGAGAACGAUAAUAUUAAUAAUAAUAAUAAUAAUAAUAAUAAUGAUAAUAAUAAUAAUAAUAAUGAUGAUGUUAAUAAGAAUAAUACUAAUACUAAUACUAAUGAUGUUAAUGUUUAA